UCGAACGGAGCUUCAAAAACUUAAUCACGCUGUUCUAAAAUUUUUGUUUAUCUUGUCAGUUUCUGACUUGGCUUUUUUAGCAACGAAAUCUCAAUCCUAUGGCACCCAUUAAAUUGCAUCGUGUCAUUAGUUUCAGCAGUGAGGAUCCUAACCAACCAACGGAAAACCUAAUAAAAGAUGGAGCAUACAGAAAAUGGAGAUGUAAAACUGGCGGAGAACAAAAAGCUUGGGUUGAGCUUCAGCUAGAAAAGCCCACACUAAUCUCCGCCAUUGACAUAGGAAACCAUGGCUCUGCUUUCAUUGAAAUUUUAGUAGGUAGAAGCGGUUGCCCAGAUGAAGAAUAUAAGACACUCUUGAAUUCGGCCACAUUUAUGACUCCCCAAGAGUGUCGAAAUGAAACAAAUCUCCAACGUGUGAGAAUUUUCAAACAUCAAGACUUGAACAAGGCUACUCAAACAGAAAAAUGGGAUCGUGUUAAAGUGAUUUGCACGCAACCAUUUAACAAGCAGCUUCAGUAUGGAAUAUCAUUCAUAACCAUUCAUGCUCCAGAAGAGGAAUCCUUUAGUAAAGUUCAAAAUGUUACCAGUCCGAAAAGCAUUGACUUUGGGAUGUUCAAGCUUAAGGAUGAGCUGACCGACGACCCCAUCAAGCAAGGCAGUCUAUUUUCUCGGUUCAAGUCGUUCCAAUCGCCGAUGAACAGUUCACCGAGUACUCAGCCUGGCGCCAUCCGCGCAGCGUCGCAAAGUCUCGCUUCAGUUGCUCUAGCCCAGAGUGAGAAAGAGGCCGUGAACAUAUUGAAACAGUCACCUAAAAAGGAUGGCAGACCAGACAUAAAGUUAACUGAUAAACUUAAAACAUUACAGUACCAAAGUCCGACAGCGUCAAAAACACAUUCGACCAGUACUGAAAUUCAGUCGUUGCCUAGUCGUAAGCUGGUAGAGUCGGAUCGUAUCAGAUCAUGUGUGCCUUCUACUCCACCACCAACGAAACCCUCAAAUAAGAAACUAGACGAAAACAAAUUAAACAAUUCCAUUUCUAAGCAUUCGCGGAAGGAAGAAUCCGUUAAAAGGAAAGCACCGCCAUCCUCUCCUUCGACCAAUGUGGACCAGUUAGUGAAGAAACAAAGAAUAACCAAACCUUUUAAUCGCCUACUGGAUAACGUCGUGGUAGUUCUCAGUGGUUUUCAAAACCCACUACGAUCGCAGUUACGAGAUAAGCUGCAGGCCUUGGGAGCCACGUACAAACCGGAAUGGAAUGCGUCUUGCACUCACUUGGUGUGUGCCUUUUAUAAUACGCCGAAGUUCCUCGAAGUGAAGGGUAAAGGCAAAAUUGUUACGAAGAACUGGGUAGAAGAUUGCUACGCUAAGCGAAAGCGGUUACCUUGGAGACGUUAUUGUUUAGAUAAAAACGACAGAGGAGAAGAAAGCGAAGAAGAAAUCUUGGCUGGACCAGAGGACCAGAAUACGACAUCCCCAGCUCCUAAACGGAAUAACAACGUAGCAGCUUCCGUCUCUGAUACAGCUACUGGUAUCUGCAUAACUCCCAAAACUAGUACAGUCAAAGAAGAUGAAGAUGACUACGGUGGUUCAACUGAAGUAGAUGAAGUGGACACAGACGAUGAGAUUGAUAUGAUAAAGAAGAAAAUAUUACAGGAACAAAAGCUCUCAAAAGAUUCUCAAUCUUCAAAUAUUUACAACGAUAGCAAAUUUCUGCUGGGAAAAGAUUUGUCUGAAGAUUUCAAGGAAGAACUUACCCGCUACGUAACAGAUCUUCAAGGCCAAAUCGUUCCCAAGCGGAGAUCCAGUAUUAAAUACUUCGUUACAGACAAUCCAGAUGAUGCCGCUAUUGCAAAGGUACUGGCGAAAAAUAAAGACAUACAAAUCGUCAAAAGUGAUUGGAUAAGAGAAUGCAAAAAGCAACACGCUUUGGUUAAUCUAGACCCAUUUCUAAUUGCACUGUCAAAGUGAGAUAAAUAAUAACGGAAUGCUAAGAUGAA